AUGCUUGUCUCCGCAAUCCCAGAGCACCUCCAGCAGUGCCCCCGAAAGAUCGCUGCCAAGACACCACCUGGCUUUCAACCUCCUUUCCCAGCUUAUAGCGCCAGCUUCCCCAAGGACACGAAAGAUCUCGUCUUCGCUGUUAUCGGUGCCCAGUACACCUCUCAAUCCAACGCUGAUGGCGCCGCCGUCGCCCAGUUGACCAAGUUCACCACCUCCAAAGCUGUCGACGCCGUGGCCCGCCCGCAGUUCGCCGAGUGGGCGUCCGUCACCGACAACAAGGGCUACUACAACGUUGCUCACCUCGCAUACUGGCCGAGCAAGACAGCCUACGAGAAAUGGGCCGUCGACUCAGGGUUCCAACAAUGGUGGGAGGAGCUCGAGGCUGGGUCACACAGCAACGGAUGGUUCCUCGAAAUCUUCUUCCCAACAAUCGACCGGUUCGAGACGGUGUUUUCCAAUAAUGAAGUGCCUGAGGGUGCAGCACACAUGAGAGAAUGUGUUAGGGGCCCGAUCCAGGAGCAUGUUUACUGGGGUAGCAUGCGUGACCGCAUGGCUGCUGCUCAGGACGAUGAGCUGGCUGGAGAGAAAGUUGAACGACCAGCGACGACUAACCACACCAACGGGACGAACGGUACUAACGGACACACAACAUCGUCAUCUCGCAGAGUCAAGGUCGGUGGUAAGCGCAAUUUGGCCAUCAUUCGCUCCGGCCAAGACUGGUCCGACACUCUGCCCGAGGAGCGUGAGCUCUAUCUCAAUACUAUGCAUCCUGUCCUAAUCAAGGGCAUGAACUUCCUGCGCGACCAAGGAGAGGAAGUUGGAUGUCACAGCUGCCGGUUCAUGGAUCUAAUCGACCCCGUGACGGGCAAGGCCGAUAAGGAUCGCACCUUUGGACUGGCCUUCUUCGAUGAGCUGGGCUCUCUCGAGGGAUGGGCUAAGCAACACUCGACACAUUUGGAAAUCUUUGGAGGGUUCCUGCAGUAUGCAAAGAAGCUGGAGAACAACGUGUCGCUCCGUCUGUUCCACGAGGUUCUGGUACUGAAACCUGAGCAGCAACUGUUUGAAUACGUUGGCUGCCACCCAGGUACUGGUUUGCUGGCUAUAGUUUAG